CACAAUGUUAGGAGAUUUCCCUAAAAAAUAAACACAAUAGGACAAAACAAACUCUUGCUCACACAGGGGGAUCUAAGAGCAUUGCAAGGAAGAGAGAAGAAAUGGAAAAAGAGUGUGGGCACAAAGUUAGCAGAGGAGAAGUUUGGAUAGCUACUCAUAAGACGACCAAUGGAGCUUUUGUUAGUGAUGAGGCAAGGGAAAUUGGUGAAAAAAUUCAAACAUAUGAAUCUACAACAUCAUCUCAAUCAAAAGAAAUAUCAAGUUUAGAUUCAUUGGCUCAUGUUUUAGGAAGCCAAGAGCAUUGUGGACGUGUUUGCGGUCUAGGUUUGGGUCCUUGCCCAUCUAAAGUCUUUGGAGUCCAUGCUCGUUCUCAUAUUGGAUCAUCUUCAUCUACUCCUUCUAAUGUUGAAUUACAAUCUCAGGUAUCUUCAUUGACUUCUUCUAAUGUUAAAUUAGAAUCUCAGGUAUCUUCAUUAACAUCACAAGUCAAUGAAAUGAAGGCAAUCACGACACUUUUGUUGCAAAAUAUCAAGGUCCAUUGCCUUCACAAUUUGCAGUAUUUCAAAGAUCAUCGGUAUCUGAUCAAGGGAGUGAGCCAAACAAUGGAUGUAAUGAAGAAAAAAAUUAGCUAUUGUUAUUGAAUACUUUUAUGAGUCAUACUUUUAGUAUUGAACAUCUAUAUUGAACAUAUGUAAUGAACCUCUUUCUUUUUAAUUUUUAUGUAUGAACAAUUAAUUGUAUGAAUGAUAUUAGGUUGAACAAUGUAGUUUAUUUUAUACAAUAUUAUUAAAUUUUAGU